UUUGUAUAUUUGUCUUACACGACUUACGUGUAUGUGCAGGAAUAUUUGGCUUUAUUUGUAAUUUGUAUUACAUUUAUCAUUUAGAUACCUUACUCCAGUAACGUUAUGUGAGAAGAUACAUUCUUCGUUGCUGGUUUUGCUAGCUUAUUUGUUAGCCUUGGUUAUCUGCCACUUGUAACGUUCAUUUUAAAAGCCAUAUACAUGUAACUAGUCACAGCUUUAAUUGUCCUGAAAAGCUGUCUGUCCUUCAAACAAUACAUAUUUUUUGCUAUUGCCAGUGUUAAAGAUAUUCUUCUCGUUGAAGCUGAAAUGCUACAGUAUUGUCAGCUAACAGCCUAGGUUCAAUAUGUUCAGCUCAGUGGACGUUAUCGUUAUGCCAUUGUUUGGCAUGGCAGGACGUGUUGUGAAGUUGCUUUGCUUACAAAGGAAACACAAAACCAACAAAGUUGCAUCUUGUAUUUAAAGCAAUUUGUUAUUACAGUUUCAUAACAAACAAGGUAACGCAGGAUAUGAUAAAUAAUGUGCUCGCUGUUUUUGCAGCAUCGGACAAGAUGAGUGAUGAUGGAGAAAUCGCAUCUGUCAUGGGAUUCUCAGGGUUUGGUAAGAAGGCCCGCACAUUUGACCUGGAAGCCAUUUUUGAGCAGACCCGUCGAACAGCCAUUGAGAGGAGUCAGCUUGUAUUGGAUGAGCGGCAGAAGGAUGAUCAGAUGGAUGAGGAAGGGGAAAGCUCCCAAUCAGUCAAGUCAUCGCUCCACGCUCCGAGAGACAAAGCUGCAGCUGCUACUUCCGGAAAACAGGAGAGUGAGAGCAGUAGCGACAGUGGUUCAGACUCAGACUCUGAGCUUAUUGGGCCUCCACUGCCUCCGCAACACACAGCCCAGGACGAUGAUGACGAGGAUGGGCCACUGACUCGUGCAUCAGGCAGCACGGCUCAGACUGAUGAAGAAGAAGAUGAUGAUGAUGGGGAGGCACAAGAUGAUGACGAUGAUAAUCCAGUGAAGAAGAUUCCAGACACUCAUGAGAUCACUCUGCAGCACGGCACCAAGACAGUAUCGGCGCUCGCCUUGGACCCCUCUGGAGCCCGUCUGGUGACCGGCGGGUAUGAUUACGAUGUGCGUUUCUGGGAUUUUGCCGGGAUGGACCAGGGUGUGCAGGCCUUCAGAUCUCUCCAGCCCUGCGAGUGCCAUCAGAUCACGUCCCUGCAGUACAGCAACACUGGUGACGUCAUCCUGGUGGUUUCUGGCAAUGCACAAGCCAAGGUGUUGGACCGCGAUGGCUUCAAUGUCAUGGAGUGUGUGAAGGGAGACCAGUACAUUGUGGACAUGGCCAAAACCAAGGGUCACACAGCUAUGCUUAACAGUGGCUGCUGGCAUCCCAAGACUAAAGAAGAGUUCAUGACGUGCUCCAAUGAUGGCACUGUGCGCACAUGGGACCUGAGCUCCGAGAAGAAGCACAAGUCCGUGUUCAAACCGCGUUCCUUCCAGGGGAAGAAGGUCGUCCCCACGUCCUGCACCUACAGCCGCGACGGGAAGCUCAUUGCAGCCGGCUGCCAGGACGGCACCAUCCAGAUCUGGGACAGAAACCUCAGCGUCCAUACAAAGUUCCACUGUCGGCAAGCACACAUCCCAGGAUCAGACACCUCCUGCAUCUCCUUCUCCUAUGAUGGCAGGACUCUCGCUUCACGUGGAGGGGAUGACACUCUCAAGAUGUGGGACAUACGUAACUUCAGGAAGCCUGUGAAUGUAGCUACCGGACUGAGCAACAACUUUACAAUGACUGACUGCUGUUUUAGCCCCGACGACAAGCUUCUCGUAACGGGGACCUCUGUGAAAAGAGAGCAGGGAAACGGGAAGUUAGUUUUCUUCGACAGAACUUCCUUUCAGAAGGUCUAUGAAAUAGAAGUCACCAAUGCAAGCGUCGUCCGCUGUCUGUGGCACCCAAAACUUAACCAGAUAAUGGUGGGAACUGGAAAUGGACUGGCCAAAGUCUACUAUGACCCUCUUAAAAGCCACAGGGGGGCUAAGCUGUGUGUAGUGAAGAGCCAGCGGAAAGAGAGACAAGCCGAGACGCUAACGCAAGAUUACAUCAUCACACCUCAUGCCUUACCCAUGUUCAGAGAGGCCCGGCAGCGGAGUACACGGAAACAGCUGGAGAAGGACCGACUUGAUCCAAAGAAAUCCCACAAACCCGAGCCUCCUGUGUCGGGACCAGGUCGAGGAGGAAGAGUAGCAGCUCAUGGUGGCACUCUGUCUUCAUUCAUCGUGAAGAACAUCGCUUUAGAUAAAACGGAUGACAGUAACCCCCGACAGGCCAUCCUACGUCACGCCCAGGAAGCUUCAGAUAACCCUUACUGGGUUGCCCCGGCAUACAAACAAACCCAGCCAGUGCCUUUGUUUGCAGAGGACUCGGAGGAGGAUGAGGAAGCUGAGAAGGAACCAGAGUGGAAGAAACGCAAGAUCUGAGGUGCAUCAACAGCAGCUCGUUUUGUAUAGAACAGCAGACAGGGUGGGCUUGUGUUUGUGUGUAUAUAUCAUCGUAACCCAGAGGUCUCGGGAUCAAUCCCAAAACACGGAGUUACUAUCCGACACUGCAUAGAAGCAUCAAUUAUGUCACUAAAUUGAACAGUCUCUGUCCUCCCUCUUGUAAUGUUUGCAUACAUGUGUUUAUGUGCUUCUGUGUCGAGGGAUAGCACAUAAAUGUGCAGGUUUUUCUUUUCUUUUUUUACUGUGCAAGCAUAAUAUAGUUUUAUGUUCUACUCCUUCGCUUUGCAAUUCAUCCUCUGGAAGAACUUGGCUUUUUAUGUCUGUUUUGAUUACAUGGACUUUAUAUUCAUAAUUUCUAUUGUUCUGUCCUCCCACAUCUCCAGUUUGCUAAUGCCUCAUGAAUUGUCUCCAGAUUUUGUGGCCUGGUUGUGUUCAUCAGCUCUGAAGAACAGUUUGCUAGUUUGUAAAAAGUAAAUGGCAAAGAAGUACACAAA